AUGAACUACCGCGAAGAGAGGUCUCACAAGAAAAAGAUAGAGCUGAAAGAGAAGGAACUAAAGAAGAAAAUGGCUGCCGCACUAACGGACACCAGGGCCAAAGUUUCCUCGAAGGAGAAGUCUUCCAGUUUGGUCUCUCCCUCGGAGGGCACGGGCCGCGAGGUGAUCACUCUUCCCGACAGCGACCUUAGUGCUAAAUCUCCCGCUGCUCGCCCAGCUUCUGAAGAGGGCCACGCCAGCGGGUCAAAAAAGCAGAAAGCCGCGGAACCUGCACGUCCGGUACGUGCGAGCUCCAAGCCCCGAACUGAGGAGAAGCCCGUUGAGACCCCUGCCUCGAAGGGCUCCUUGCCCGCGGCCCCAAGUUCCGCCGACCCGAAAGUGAAUCCGAGGCGUAAACUCCCGGCUCUGCCAAAAUCCCUGCCUGACAUGAUGCGGGGCUUCAGCCGUCAAGGAGCUCGGGUUCCUGCCUUCAAGGACAUCUCCGUGAACAACCGGGAGGACUACUUCCGCUUUGCCGAGAAGAUGCUCUUUGAGUUUAACAGCUCGGUGGCCCACUACGAAGAGCAGCUUCUCGCCAGUCCCUCAGCCACCGAAAUAGGGGUUUUGCAAGCUCUGAUCUCUGACUUAGAGAAGGAGGUGAAGAAGCACAAGUCCCUGGAGGUCUCCAACCGGGCUAAGGUGGAAAAGGUGGCCAAGUUCAACAAGAAGCUCAGAACCGUCGAGCUUGAUCUGCAUAUCGCCGAAUCUUCCCUGGAGACUUGUCAAGACAAGCUAAAGCUGGCUGGGGAACUGUACCUCCAGGCGACCACCGCCGAGACAGAGGCGAAAAAGGAAUUCCAGGAGAUCAAACUCAGAAAUCAGCUCCUCGAAGCAGGGAAUGGCUCCGAGAUGGAGAGGAUCGGGUCGCAUCUCGAGGAGCAUGACCGCUUAAUCCCCAACACAAUCCGAGCUGCUGAGAUCACCGCCAACCGGAUGUUGGUAGGAGAGAUCGAGAAGGGCGAGAUUGCCAACCUGAAGGAGGAGCUCGAAACCUUAAAAGCUGACGAGAAGGCUGCUCGCCUUGAGGCUGAAAAGGUAAAGGACUUAACGUUUGACCCUGCAUCGUAUAAUGCUCUAUUGGCAAAUACUCCCCCCGAAUUCGUGCUUGACCCCGCUCCUGCUCCCCUUAUGAUCGAGAAGCCUACUUCUGACCCCCCUGUUGUACCGAACCAGGAACUGGAGGCAAUCCAGCCGGGCUUGAGCAAGGAGGUAAAUGCUUUUAUGAACCCCGGGGGUGAUGAAGCUCUUGUGGGCGAGGCGACUGGCACUCCUUUGGCCUGCUCCGAAGACCCUGCCGUGGACUCCGGACUUACUUAA